UGAGGCUGGGGGCGGAGCCUAAAGGCGGGGCGAGACCGGGCCGCGCGGCCGGCGCGGGGAGGAGCUGACCUGGCCACCGCACACCCGCACCUCACUUUCUCGGAACGUGACAGAGCUGCUGUAGUCGGCCGCCAGCAGCCCGCAGCUCUCGGUGAAGAGGGCUGGGGUGGGAGAUGACGGUGACUUCCUCCCUGGUUGGCCCACCACGAGCAUCGACUCCCUUCUCGUGGCCCCGGGGCUGCAGACGUAGCAGAUAUCUGGUUGGAGUUGGAGGGUGAACAAAAAUGAAUUCGUUUUCCGACUUACCUGCAGAGAACUUAACCAUUGCAGUCAAUAUGAGCAAAACUUUCUCCUCAACAGUAAUGCAUAGAUUUAAUUCCACUAAUGACCCACCUUCAAUGUCAAUAACAAGGCUUUUUCCAGCCUUACUAGAAUGCUUUGGCAUAGUCCUUUGUGGCUACAUAGCAGGAAGAGCAAAUGUCAUAACAUCAACACAGGCCAAAGGACUGGGAAAUUUUGUCUCCAGAUUUGCACUUCCAGCUUUAUUAUUCAAAAAUAUGGUUGUACUUAAUUUUUCCAAUGUGGAUUGGUCUUUCCUAUAUAGUAUCUUGAUUGCCAAAGCUUCUGUCUUUUUCAUUGUAUGUGUCUUAACCCUACUGGUUGCCAGUCCUGAUAGUCGAUUCAGCAAAGCUGGACUAUUCCCUAUUUUUGCUACACAAAGUAAUGACUUUGCAUUGGGAUAUCCUAUAGUUGAAGCUUUAUAUCAAACUACAUACCCAGAAUAUCUCCAGUACAUUUACCUGGUGGCACCAAUAUCUCUUAUGAUGUUAAACCCUAUAGGGUUUAUCUUCUGUGAAAUCCAGAAGUGGAAAGACACUCAAAAUGCUUCUCAAAACAAAGUGAAAAUUAUAGGACUUGGACUUCUGCGUGUUUUACAGAACCCAAUAGUAUUUAUGGUUUUCAUUGGCAUUGCCUUCAAUUUUAUUCUUGAUCAAAAGGUGCCCGUGUAUAUGGAAAAUUUUCUAGAUGGACUUGCAAACUCUUUUUCUGGAUCGGCUCUAUUUUAUCUUGGUCUUACAAUGGUGGGAAAAAUAAAGAAACUGAAGAAGUCAGCAUUUAUUGUACUAAUUCUUCUCAUCACAGCUAAACUCCUGGUGCUGCCACUUCUGUGCAGAGAAAUGGUGGAACUCUUGGACAAGGGUGACAGUGUAGUGAACCAUACAAGUUUAUCAAAUUAUGCAUUUUUGUAUGGUGUCUUUCCUGUAGCACCAGGCGUGGCUAUCUUUGCAACACAGUUCAACAUGGAAGUCGAGAUUAUAACCUCAGGGAUGGUCAUAAGCACAUUUGUGUCUGCACCAAUCAUGUAUGUUUCUGCCUGGUUACUAACCUUUCCCACUAUGGACCCUAAGCCAUUGGCAUAUGCCAUCCAGAAUGUUAGUUUUGAUAUAAGUAUUAUCAGCCUUGUCUCCUUGAUCUGGUCUCUGGCUAUUCUUCUUUUGAGUAAGAAAUAUAAACAGCUCCCUCAUAUGCUUACAACUAAUUUACUCAUCGCUCAGUCUAUUGUCUGUGCUGGAAUGAUGAUAUGGAAUUUUGUUAAAGAAAAAAAUUUUGUGGGACAAAUUCUGGUGUUUGUUCUAUUGUACAGCUCCCUCUAUAGCACCUAUCUGUGGACAGGCCUUCUGGCAGUUUCUUUGUUUCUUUUAAAAAAGAGAGAGAGUGUACAAAUUCCUGUUGGAAUCAUCAUCAUAUCUGGCUGGGGAAUCCCUGCUCUCCUUGUUGGUGUUCUUCUGAUAACUGGAAAACAUAAUGGGGACAGCAUUGACUCGGCCUUCUUUUAUGGCAAAGAGCAGAUGAUCAUCACGGCGGUCACCCUGUUCUGCAGCAUCGUGAUCGCGGGCAUAUCACUCAUGUGUAUGAACCGCACCACCCAAGCGGGUCGCUAUGAAGGCUUCGACCAGUCUCAGAGCCACAAAGCAGCAGAGCCUGGGAACGCCGCCUUUGAGGAGAGUCCAGUGCCAAUAAACGAACCAGAAUCUUUUACAAGCUCUAUCCCAGAAACAAGUUGCUGCUCCUGCUCCAUGGGGAAUGGGGGCUUACACUGCCCAUCCACCGAGCCAGUAGCAAACACAAGCACCAGCGGGCUCGUGACUCCUUCGUCUGAGAAAAAUGAUCAUUGUGUGAGUCGCUGUCACUCCCAGAGCUGCAUGUUAGUCCAGGAAGAAGAGCAGUAUCUACAGAGUGGAGACCAGCAACUGGCUCGACAUGUGUUGCUGUGUUUACUUCUCAUCAUUGGCCUGUUUGCUAAUCUUUCCAGUUGUUUAUGGUGGCUAUUCAACCAAGAACCUGGAAGGCUCUAUGUCGAGUUACAGUUUUUCUGUGCUGUGUUUAACUUUGGCCAGGGAUUUAUUUCCUUUGGCAUCUUUGGAUUGGACAAACAUUUAAUCAUUCUACCUUUCAAAAGAAGACUUGAAUUCCUAUGGAAUAAUAAAGAUACAGCAGACAAGAGGGGUUCUCCUGUUCCUGAGGAAAUAAAAAUGACCUGUCAACAAUUUAUCCACUAUCACCGUGACCUAUGUAUCCGAAACAUUGUCAAGGAAAGAAGGUGUGGUGCAAAGACGUCUACUGGAACCUUCUGUGGCUGUGACCUGGUGAACUGGCUCAUUGAAGUCGGCCUUGCCUCCGACCGCGGGGAAGCUGUGAUCUAUGGAGACAGACUGGUGCAAGGGGGAGUCAUCCAACACAUAACCAAUGAGUAUGAAUUUCGGGAUGAGUACUUGUUUUACAGAUUUCUUCAAAAGAGUCCUGAACAGAGUCCUCCUGCUGCUAAUGCCAACACUCCCCCACAGGAAAGAUAUAAAGAAAUCGAGCCUUCAUCCCCAUUCCCUAAGACCUAAAUUAUGAAGGAGACAACCCCAGGCCAUAUUCUAGCCCCAGACCUGUUUCUUAUUAGCUGUGUGACCUUGGGCAAAGCAUAACCUCUCUAAGCCUCAGCUGCCUCUUCUGUAAAAUUUGACGAGGUGUGUUCCUACCCCAUGCUAACAUUCUAUGACUUCGUGUUUGUAAAACACGCAGGAAACUGACAGGAAAAAGAGAAAACCAAAUCAAAAUUUAAAGUUCUGAUAAUAAAUAUAAUAAUUACUAUAAACUAAUUAUGCCAACAUUUUAAAACAUUGCUCCCCACAGCCGUUUGCUGUAACUUCAAAACCAACAUCCAAUGUAUCAUUUGCUUUAAGCUGCCAAAUUUGGCAGGUGUAUUGCUGGCAGGGAAUGGACCUUAAACUAUGACAACUUUGCGCUUAUUGAUAGCACCUCCUGAAAAAGAAUUUUAAUGAUUCCGAUUAAAAAAAAAAACCCCUCCUUAUUCUAUUUUUCCCAUUUUCUUAACAAAGAGUACUCACUAAAUACUAGAAGCGGUAUUUUUUUAAAGUUCAUCUUCUCUUGCUUUUCUAUCCAAAGUACUAAUCUGUGUUGUUAGAAGGGGAAUAAGAACCACCAUAAAUAUAAUCUCCAAAAUCCAUCCACAGAAGUAUAAUCUUUAACUUUUGUACUAAACAUAAUUUCAGUGGAUUUGUUUGGAUUUUAUCAACAAAAUUGUUGCCACGUAUCAAUUCCGGUGUUUGCACAAAGCACCACAAUGCAAAAGGAUAGUCCUCUUCCCUGCAAUUAAAAACAAAAAAACUAUAGUUCAAGCCAAGAUUUAAAAACUUUAAACCUUACACCCCACUUUUACAUCUUAGUCUUCUUCAAGUGUCCAUGUAUAAAAAAAAUCUAUAAACUUGAAAGUUAUUCAGUGUUGCCCUCAGAUAAGCUUUAUCUUCAGUAAAUUAAAGAGAUCUAGUCACAUGACCUUUGAAUACCUAAUUGUUAGAUGUCAGUGCUGGUUUACCUUAUUUAAAACAUGUUUCUAGUAUUUAUUUUUCUCAUACUUUUAGUUUGUCAUGUAAAAGCCAUUUAGAAAAUAAUUUAUAGAGUUAAAUCAUUGCUCUUCUAAUGCAACAAAUAUGUAAUUUUUUUAAAAACCUGCAUGGAAGCCUCGUGUAUUUAACAAGUAAAUUACACUUCAUUGUGUAGUAUUAACCUGUACCAGCUUUACGUUAUGAUUAGGGAAUGGGGAUUUUUUCAGCAGAACUGUCUUGCUGUAAAACCUUUUUUUUUUUAAUGACCACAUUAUGACUCUCAGAAUGCUCAGGGGCGAGCAUAAAGCCUCAUUGUUGUACCAGGAGACUUUUACACUUACAGCAACACUGAUAUUACUUCACAUGCAUGCAGGCACCACAGACUGGAGAAUUUGUUUUGCAAACAAAUCAUACUACACCUGUUUUAUUAUUUGCAUGAAGGGAAAAAGCUGCAUCUUUUUCCACAGGAAACACUAAGAGAAAACCCGAGAUCAGAAUGAUCUGCGGUUUCAGAUAACAAAGGCUUUUAAGGAAUAUUUUUAGGAUUAUGGAUAUGUUAAUUUUAUUAAAUGAAAAUAUUUGUAACUUUUACUGUCACUGACAAAGCAAGUUUCUCAAUAAAAUACCUAUUUUAACUUCCA